UUUUUAACCUCCGUUUCUUCUCUUUGUUAUCUUUUUAACAGAGUGCUUAUUAGCUAGCUAGCCAUGGAUAUGUGCCAGUUAAAGUCGUCGGACGACCAGAUGGAGAUGGUGAUGAUGAUGGAGAUGGACAAGUUCAGCAAGGCCUACAACGACAUCACUUAUCAAUUUCCACAGCUGCCGGAGUUUUCCGGUGCGAGCAGCGGCGCCGGCCACAAAAUGGGUGCCAUGCCACGUUAUAUAGAUGUUAAUCCACACAUGGCUUCAUCCCCAUUUGGAAACCUCCCGUCCAGUACUGUUUCUAUCUCCAAUACCACCCCACUUCAACAUCAUCCUUUGUUAUCUAAUUCCAACGCAACCGCAGGGAGGUGGAGAGACGCAUUUUCUACGCCGUCGCAGAAGCGGAAUUCUAUGGCGGCGAUGAGGGAGAUGAUCUUCCGCAUAGCGGCCAUGCAGCCAAUCCACAUAGACCCAGAAGCGGUGAAGCCCCCCAAGCGGAGGAACGUGAAGAUAUCCAAGGAUCCUCAAAGCGUCGCCGCUCGCCAUAGGAGAGAAAGGAUAAGCGAGAGAAUAAGGAUUCUGCAAAGACUCGUCCCUGGAGGGACAAAAAUGGACACCGCUUCCAUGUUGGAUGAAGCAAUUCACUAUGUGAAAUUCUUGAAGACCCAGGUGCAGUCCCUGGAGCAAGCAGCAGCUAAUCGGCCCCCCAGUACUGGGAUGGGAUUCUCUGUGGCUAUGUCCAGUGGGAUCAGAAAUUACCCUUCAAUGGCGAAAGCUAAUAAUAAUUACCAAGCUCCUCAAAAUGUUCAGCCUUAUCAUGAAGAAGAGUAAAUUUAAAAUGCACUUUUGUGCAAUGAUGAUGGAUUUUUGGGGUUGUAAAGGGGUCAUGCA